ACCAAAAAACUGUUAAGAAAAAGAGAGGUGUCUAGUCAAAACUUGCAGUACAAUGUGGAAGAAACGCUAAGAUCUAUUGAGAAAACUGAAGCAUAUAAAUAUGAUGAUAUGUUGGAUCCAGUAACACUAAGUGACAACAACCUUAAUAAUAAAGCGAAAGAUGAUGAUACCAUAACUAUAAUCGAUGACAGCAAACCUCAUCGAAGAAUGGAUUCUAACAUAGAUAAUUUUAUUAAGAACGAUGACCAGAUGAAUUCAAAUGCAGUAGAUCAAGUCUAUAUUUUGUUUAACAUUGGCAGCCCAGAUGUAUGGUAUGAGACGCAGGUGCAACUUUACGAAAAGAUGAGUACUUCAGAUGGAGAUCAAUCGUGGAAUGAUUUAACUAAAUCAGUACCGGCGAGUUUAACGACAGUAAAUCCUGAAUGGAGAGAUGAAGACUUGAUAAUCAGAUAUCGCACAAAGGAUCGUGUAGUACGAGAAGAUUUUAGCUUGCCGCCACAAAACUUGUGUUUGAUGAUCCCUUUGAAAAGUAUGAAGGAUAAACAUUGUCUGCAGAGUACCAUUAAUUUACAAUAUGAUGAAGAACCAGCUGCUAACAGAUCGGAUGAGUACGUUAAAAAUAAUCCUGAAAGAAAAUCAACAUAUUUUAACGAAAGUAAUCAGAGACUGCGCCGUGUCGUCAUCCGUAAAAGUAGGAUGGUGUUGAGUGGUGAAGUGAACAGCAUUGUACUGGAGUCUCAAGGCGAGAAUUACUAUUUAAAGCUUCCUCAUCAUAAUGAGUACCAUGCGCAGCUCGACCUUGAAGCCCGGGCCGAUUUCAACAAGCUUAUUUUUAUUGGUUCUUCUGGCCGUUUAACUACUGUAGUAUCGGAUACACGAAACGCAGGUUCAACGAUAUCUCUUCAAGUAACCAAUACUGGAUUAGCAGCUGCCCAAUUUAGAACAAUUACUCGUGAAUGUACCCCACCUCUAGGUGGUGGUCAAUACACAGAAUUUGGAUCAGAAAAGGUUCUAAUACCUCCCGCUCACACCAGGACAGUACUUCUUAAUUUACCUCUGCAGGAAUUCUUUGAAGACGCUAUUUGUUCUCGUGAAGAUCCUCAACUAUUAUGUCGCAAUAUGGACGAGCCUCAACUCAAAGCUGCCGGUCUGUCACAAAAUGAAGGUUCCCGACUCGUCCGUGAUGUUUGCUAUCCUGAUGACGUAACGAUCAACAUAUUUGUUGUGUAGUCAAGGCUUUUUUAGGGUUGUUUUGCAUGUGUAUUGGCACACAAGGACUUCAUUUGUUACUGCAAAUGCCCCGAAAGUUGGACCACUAUUACGAGGCCGGCCUUAGAAAGUAUACUGUUGAGUAUGAUAAGGAUGGUUGGCCUAUUCACCCUGAGACGAAGAAGCGAGGCGUGCGUCUAGUUAGCAAACAAAUCAAGGAGAAAUGUCGAAGUGUAGAAAAGAACAUGUCGUCUCAACGAAGAAAUAAUAAGAAAUGUUUUAGCAGUCAAGACAUCCAUAUGGAACCUCUUCUAAACGAAACACAAUUUUCUGCAAAAUAUGAUGAAAAAAGAACUAUUCCUGAUUCCGAGCAAGAUGACGCAGAGUAUGUGUUGACGCAAAUUCAGAGAAGUAAGGAAUCACUCGCU